GGUUGACCCGCUUCCCUCGCGCUGCACGAUCUCGGACGGAGCGAGAAACUAGUUUAUAUUCCGUGGAAGUGGAGCCGUAGUAGUCUCUAAGAGCUCCGAUCUGAAGGAAAACCAAUCCCUCUUCCGUUGGAGCUCACUCAUCAUAUGGCGCUCUCUCUUAGACUGCACCACCGAUUCGUCCAGAGACGACAACCCUCGGAGAAGCCCCAAAGGUCUCCGAUCCAACGGCUCCGGAUGCCGGAUCUGGGCGGGGCCAAAGGAGGGACAGCGAGGAGGGCUCUGAUGCCCGUGGCCGCGCGGAAGGCGAUCGAAGGGGUGGGCGAGGAGCUGAACUCGCUGGCGGCUCAGAACAAGGACUUCGCCCCCGCCCGGAGGCAACUCCGCGCCGCCUUCCUCGAUGUCCAGCAGCGCCUCGACCACUUCCUCUUCAAGAUAGCUCCGAAGGGAAUCCAAACGGAGGAGAGGUACCAGGUUAACUCCAAGGGGGUGGAGGUCUUCUGGAAGAGAUGGUUGCCAAGCCCCGGCGUGUCCACCAAGGCCGCCCUCUUCUUCUGCCACGGCUACGGCGACACCUGUACCUUCUUCUUCGAAGGCAUUGCCAAGAUGAUAGCCGCUUCCGGGUAUGCGGUCUACGCCAUGGACUACCCGGGCUUCGGACUCUCCCAAGGUUUGCACGGCUACAUCCCCAGCUUUGACGGAAUGGUGGACCAUGUCAUCGAGCAGUACACACACAUCAGAGCGAUGAAGGAGGCGAGGGAACUGCCGCAUUUUCUGCUGGGACAGUCGAUGGGAGGGGCCGUAGCUCUUAAGGUUCACUUGAAGCAACCGAAAGAAUGGGAUGGAGUGAUUCUUGUUGCGCCGAUGUGUAAGAUUGCAGCAGAUGUAACACCACCAGGACCUGUUUUGAAGGCAUUAACCUUGAUGUCUUAUGUUUUACCUGAAGCAAAAUUGUUCCCACAGAAAGAUUUAGGAGAUCUGGCAUUCAGAGACCCCAUGAAAAGAAAAGUGGCCGAGUUCAAUGUAAUAUCAUACUCAGAUCAAAUGCGAUUGAGGACAGCUGUUGAACUUAUAAAGGCUACACAAGAUAUUGAAUCACAACUCGAGAAGGUUUCCUCUCCAUUGCUGAUUCUCCAUGGAGCUGCAGACAAGGUGACAGACCCAAAUGUGAGCAAAUUCCUCUAUGAUAAGGCUAGUACCGAAGACAAAACCCUCAAGCUGUACGAAGGAGGCUAUCAUUCGAUUCUGGAGGGGGAACCUGGUGAUAGGAUUGAAAGUGUCAUUAAUGAUAUCAUAUCCUGGCUAGAUUCUCAUUGCACCCUUUGAUUAAUUUGGCAUUUGAGAAUUGAGAUGCAGGUUGAGUCUCCUUCCACUAUGUUGUUUUUGCCGUUGCAGGUUGAAGCCCGGUGCCCAGUUUUACCUCUUGUUAGAUCUUAUUAGACUUCCCUUAUUCUUUUCAUUCCUUCAACUGCUGUUACGAUUUUGGCUCAAGGUUUUUUCUUCUGCCAAUCCCUUUUGAUACCCAUGCAUUAAUGCCUGUCAUAUCAUCAUGAACUCUGAGCUAAACUGUAGCAUGUGAAGUUGUGGGAGAGUAGUGAUCCUAGAUCAGUAAAUCUCAAGAAAUUAAGAGUGAUUAAUUUCUAAGUUAUUUUUUGUAAUAUGAUAUCUAAGAUCAAAUGUGCUGAAAUUACUAAUACAUGCAUCAUUCUCA